AUGCGCUCUCAGCCCUUUUUGUCUGCAUACGACUUUAUCCGCUUUCGGAGUAACACUACAUUUGCUUCCGAUCCACUUCUCAAGUAUUCAGCUACUCAGUUAUUCUGUCCUUGCAGGAAACAGCCCUCUCAGCAUCGCACUCGCAUUUACGCUCUCCUCAUUCUCCUCUCACGACUUCUUCCGCCAGUCCAAGUGUCCACUGCUGCAGAGUGCCCACAUGCUCUUCAAGUGGCGAUAUACGAAUACGUCGCCAUGCGGCCAGGGCAAUCACCAGCCUCCUGCCUCCUGACCAUCUGGCGUCUCUUCUUACUGGCCACAUAA